GUAUUGUUCCGUAAUGUCAAUAAUCUCCCCCACACCGCGACUCUGUCUAAACGCCGGAUCCUGAUCCGCCAUUACCGCCCUCAGCUCGAGAGCUCGACUCUUAUCACAGAGGCGCGAGUUCCCCGCUCUGUUAUAAACCCGCGCCGCGCCUUCCCGUCCUAUCCCCUCUCUCAGGCUCCGUCGCGGGAUCCGAGGGGCGCGCGCUUGCGUCAGGUCCAGGUCCGCCAGAGGCGAUGCUCACGUGCAUCGCGUGCUCCAAGCAGCUCCCGGGCGACGCGCCGCCGCUGCGCGAGCCGUCGGACGACGAUGACCGCGCCAACGCCGGAGGCGGGGGCGAAUCGGCGGCAACGCCCGGCACGAGGCAGGCCAUCAGGGUGCUCACCGCCCAGAUCAAGGACAUGGCGCUGAAGGCAUCGGGCGCGUACCGGCACUGCAAGCCCUGCGCCGGUUCGUCCUCCCCGGCGGCGUCGCGGCGGCAGCAACCGUACUACCACGGCGCGUACGCGGAGUCCGGGUCCGACCGCUUCCACUGCGCGUACCAGCGCGCCGGCAGCUCCGCAGCAUCCACGCCGGGGCUGCGCACGGGGGGCGCGAUGUCCAGCGGUGACAUCACGCCAUCGGUCAGCGCGCGCACCGACUUCCUCGCCGACGACGAGGAAGGGGACGAUGAAGAGGGAACGGCGACUGGCAGCAGCGAGGAGGAUGAGGAGAAGGAGUGGGUCGCCCAGGUGGAGCCCGGGGUGCUCAUCACCUUCCUCUCGCUGCCGCGGGGCGGCAAUGGUCUGAAGCGCAUCCGAUUCAGCCGUGAAAUGUUCAACAAAUGGCAAGCACAAAGAUGGUGGACUGAAAAUUACGAGAAGGUCAUGGAGCUUUACAACGUUCAGAAGUCUAACAGUCAAGUUGAUCCUCUGCCAAGCAUUCCAAGGUCUGACAGUGAGAUCUCCAAAGACGAUACCCCAGCUACAGCACCGCUUAACAAGGGGCAAUUGCUACGUACUUCACCCAGACCACUAAAAGGCAGUGAAGCCAUAGGCUAUUCAUCUUCGGAUUGUCCUCAGCACCAAUCCAGUCAUUUUCGCAACGUUUACCGCAAAGACCGCUACCUUGGGCACCAGUUCUGUGAUCCAGUUGAACUGGCAUCGACGCCUGAGUUAUCAAGCAUCAGUGGUGCGAAGACAGAGACGUCUAUUGGUGCAUCAGUGAGGACAAGCUCAUCUCCUGAAGAGGUCGAUGGAUCGGGCGAACUUUCAGCCUCUGUCAGCAACGCAAGUGACGAAGAGAGGGAAUGGGUAGAAGAGGACGAGCCUGGCGUGUAUAUUACUAUUCGAGCUUUGCCUGGUAGCAUCAGAGAACUACGCCGCGUCAGAUUCAGCCGGGAGAGAUUCAGUGAGAUGCAUGCCAGGUUAUGGUGGGAAGAAAACCAAGCGAGAAUAUAUGAGCAGUAUCUCUGAGAGAAGACGUGUUAGCUACAUUUUACCAUUUGAUGCUUCUACAAUUAUAGAAACAUCUCUACAUCAGGCACUAACAUCGUGUCAUCAGGUUUGCUCCUUGCAGGCGCAACAAUGACCCUGGGCAGUUAGGCUGUUCGCAUUGCAUGUGUGAUUGCUUCGAGGCUUUUCCUUUCCUUUUCUUUUUGUGUUUAACAUUUGCUCUGUUUGUGUGAUAUUCACAUUUUUUCCCUUUUUUUGCUGCGUUGUCGUUAGUCAGUCUGGAUAGACGGUUUAUUUCAGAAAAAAAAUGAGAAACUGUACAUUUUAUCAA